AUGGAGCCAUUCCUGCUCACGUUGUCGAACGAUGCACGUCUCUCAGGCUUUUGUUCCAUCCCUGGCAAGACUACUACCACCCCACGGUAUCGCCCUCUGAUAGUCGCCCUACAUGGAGGCUCCUACACUUCAAAGUACUUUGACGCGGUCCCAGAACACUCUGGUGGGACGAUAUCCGGAACAACUGGGGUACCUUUCGUGGCCAUUGAUCGUCCGGGAUACAGGGAGAGUUCGAGCCUGCCCGCUGUCCCGCAUGGAUCUACGUUUGCACAAGAAGAAGGGAAAUACUUGCAUCAAUAUAUCCUACCCAAGAUCUGGGAGGAAUACGGCGUGCCAUCAGGGGCCAGCUCGCUAGUGGUGAUGGGUCAUUCCCUUGGCUGUUCUCCCUGCGUAGUGGCUGCAGCCUUGCAUUCUCAGGAGGCUGAGCCGCAAUAUCCAUGGGUGGGAAUGAUCCUCUCCGGCCGUGGUAUUGUGUCAGCAUUUACCCAGGCACAGGGCGAAGAACAGCUGGCCCGAGGGAGACAGCUUGGCUAUAUAGAAUACCCCCCAGGCGUGAAGGACUUUCUCAUGUUUAGCGACCCUAAGCUGGGACUGGCGAGCGCAGAGAUACGGCGGAUUUCGGAGGAAAUCACGCAUCGGGCACCAUUCGGAGAGUUUGAAGACAGAAGACUUCAUUGGGACCAUUACUGGAAGGGAUAUGCCAAACAGGUCAAAAUCCCCGUGGUGACAGCCAUCGGAGAGCGAGAUGCGCUGUUCCAGGCGUCGCAGCAAGACAUUGAGGAAUUUGCCGGGGCAUUCAGCAACUCCCCGAAAGUCGAAGCUGUGCUGGUUGCUAACGCUCCUCACUGUCUGGAACUGAGUCACUGGGGACCUGCUUGGCUGUUGAGAUGUUUUGGGUUUGCGAUUGAGUGUGCGACCAGUGCGGCGCUACAGCCUGUUGGAACUGAGCUGAGAAAGUCAGAAAGGCAGUGA